AUGCCUGCACCGGCCAGAUUCCCUGAUGGCAGCAUCAACUACGCAGUCAUAUUGCGCAGCGACAGCUACAAUGACGACGGAGAUACAUCGUCUUCCUUCAGCAGCGAAGAGGAAAGACCCGUCAGCAAGAGCAGCCCAAAGAAGAAGCCAACUGCUCGCAAGCUGAAUGGCGUUUCACCUAAGAAGUCUCCCGCCAAGUCAAAGACAAAGGCUCCUGCGGCUGUCUAUGAUACCCCCAGCGAAGGUCCAAGUGACGAUGAGGCCGGUCCAAGCGAGCCCAGGUCACCCUCACCAGAGCCAGAACCAGUCGUAUCGACGCCCAAAUCAGGAAAGAAAGCGGUCAGGUCUGCCCGCAAGGAGGACCGUAUUGAUGCGCCUCGAGAGCGAAAGGCUGCAAAGAGGAAUGUCAAAGCCAACAAGGGCAAGACGAACAAGACCAAGCUUGCGCCCGCCAUUGCACCCGUCGUCCCGAACGGCAAGCAUGACGACGAUAGCGAUGACGAUUCGUCUGACCGGUCAAGUGCUGUUGAGACCGAGGCCCUCAGCGAACGCUCGCUUGCAGUGACGAGCACGAAGAGUAGCAAGAGUCGGGCCAGUGGAUUCUUCACGCGCGAUAUCAAAGUCGACAAGCAGGCCGAUCAACGAUCAUCCGUCACUUCGCUCACUCGGGUGGAGAGACACUAUCUCGCCAAGGCCCUCUGUGAUCUGCAGAUGCAGCGCGAGUUCUCUGCGCUCUCACAAGUCGGCGAGCUUGCGCUCUAUGGCGCGCCAUUUGCAGAUCACGCGACCGGUCCCCUUUCCAAACCCAAGUCGGCAAAGAAAGGGCUCCUCGGCUUCGGCGGCGGUGCGAAGAAGGACGACGUAGAUUUACAGAAUUGGGAUGUGCCAUUGGAUCCGCCUAUAUUGCGCUACCUCUUCUGGCGCUUCCUCUAUCACUUUCCCGCGCUCCGAGAGGCAAAGGCAUCAUACUGGUACGGCCAGAUACAGCCCUUCUUCGAUGGCUUCGCCGAAAAGACCUUUUCGACGACCAGCGAGCGUUCAGAGCUCACCAAGCGACGCAUACUCAGCUUCGGCUUGACGCGCAUCCUAGGUACCUACUUUAGUACUUGCGUCACCGCUCUCGGCGACGUCGCGCCUGCUCGCCCGGACACGACACUCAUGCGCAAGGUCGAUCUGCUGUUCCCAGGCACGAUGGAUGAGAUGGUCCUCACCCUCUAUGGAUCUCGAGAGAAAGAGCCCGGGUUUGGGUACAAUGCCUGGGUCGCCAUUCCCGAGAGUAAAGACGGUUAUGGGGCGAAGCAGGCUUUCGUACUGUCUACACGUCUCACCGUCACGCCUGGCACGCCACUUUUCUUCGUCUCACGGACUUGGGCUGAGUUCAAGACGUUCUCGCGCGAUCUCGAGAUGCUCAACGAUGACGACCGACUGAACAUCCCCGUACUGCCGAUGGGUCGCUCGUUCAGAGACGCUCCCGAUCGACUCACGCUACAGCGCUACAUUCGUACAGCAGUCAUUGCGCUCUCCAAUCCUUCGCCCUCGGUCAAGAAAUCGCCUCGACUACAGAAAGCACGCACAAGACUAGAGCAAUUCCUGCUCGACAAGCCUAUGGACGUCUCUGAAAGAAGGCGGCGUGAAUACAUCACCAACAGCGAUCGCGAUGAUCGCAGGCUGACUGAGCAGAGAGAUCUCUGGCUCAGCUACGGCAAGCGCGCGCGCAAGCUAAGAACAACAUACAAUAUGUACCGCGAUGCUCUCAUCAGCGCCAACGAGCUUCAACGGUCCUUUGAUUUGCUCUACAAGCAUAGCAAGAUCACACAGCUUCCGCCCGUCUAUCGCGAGACCGAAGAAUUCGUCCGCAUCUGGGCGGCUUACUUGCUGCAUUACCUAUUCGUGUCAUCACCCAACGCCGCGGAACUUUGCCACCUGCUCAAGAGCUUUCACGAUCUCAUUCCAUAUGCACUCAUCAAGGGCUUCUUGCGUAUCGCCAACCCGACGCUAAUGAUCAAGGCGCUCGUCAACUUCAUUCUUGGGCAGCCUUUUGGACAGACCAGCUUGUUCCAGCGCAUCUUUAGCAUCGUCUGCAACUCUGACAUCAAGACUCGCACCAAAGACAUCGAGCAGCUUCGCCGCCGCAUCGGUCAAGAUCAGAUCAGUAACAUCCUCCGCGACUAUGUCAACCAGACAGACGAGUUACGCGAGGAGAGUCGCAAGAUCAGUCAAGAAACAGGGCAGGACAUCGUUUACAUCAUCCUGAAGAACAACAACCUAGACGACGCGAAACUCCACCAGGUCAAGGCUUGGCGUGACGCCUUUGCCUACAUGCGCUGGACAAGCGCGGACGUCAGCACAGAGCUGCGCGCUUCUCGCACGGAUGAGGAAGCUCUGGCAAAUAAGUACAAGGAGCUCAAGAAGCUAUUGCGAGCGUACUCGACCAGAAGAGACCGUCAGAAGGUUGUCGACAUCGUCAUGGAGUCCAACACGGCCACUAUGCUCAAGAGCAGCAUUUCUGUCUUCUAUGGCGCUAUCUACAAGAUCGCGCAAGCCGCCAAUCUUGCUGACCGGCUGGGUGACUUGCAAGCUUUCAUCACAGACUUGCUAGCGACCGCGAUGCAAAGCAAGAAGCCCAGCAUAGCCGCCUUCAUCAAGCUCGCCCAACGUCACGAGCAAUCACUCUACUUCUUCUUACAUGAGCUGCAUCACAAUGGUGGCGAUCUCACCAAACCCAUUAUUGCAUGGUCGCGAGGCGGGCUGAAUUUCAUCAAGAAUGGCAUACCGGAGUCACCGGGUGGAUCUGGCGGCAAAGGGCAACGGCGAUAUGGCGUCGACGUCGAUGGCCUGCUCGAAGGCGUCAGCAGCCGCGGGCAGGCCAAAAUCUUGGCCGAAGUGCAGAGUGUUGCGUUAUACACGAAGCAGAAGAAAUGCGAAGCCGACAUCAUGCUGCGCUGCGACCUGCUAGAGGCAUACGAAGGCAUCAAACUGAAUGCGGCGGAUCUCUAUUCGACGCUGGUCUCGGAAGACCGUGAUGUUGCGGCCUACUCUGCUCGUGUAGGACGCAAGAGCACGCGAGACGAGUAUCAGGUCGAUUGGGCUUGGUUCGCUCAUAGUGAUCUGCUCAACAAUCCAGGCGGUAAGAUAAAGACGCGUUCUUCUGGGUCGAGUAGUGGCGGCUCGUCGCGCGGUGGUAGCGGUGGACCAUCGCCUGCUAAGCGUCGUGUCCUUCCACCUGGCGAAGACGACAGCGAUGAUGAUACGUAUGCAGCUCAUCCUACCGCUAGCUUGCCUCCGCCGCCGCCCUUGUUCGAGACCAGUAAGCUAUUACCGCCGUAUCUUGACAGCUUGACUGCCGUCCUCAAAGCGGCACGCAAUGCGGACAUUAAGUGA